AGUCCGCCACACACAUGUCCGCCAUAUCUAAUACAUCUUCUUUCUAAUAGUGACGUUCGUAUUAUUUUGUAUUAGAAUAGCUCUUGUUGUGUAGAUAUUUGUUGUUUAAUUUAAUUAUUUUUUAGUUUCUUAGUACACGGCCCUGGGCGGUGGAACACACCAUGGAGUCCCCGAGAAAAUUCAACGAUUGUUAUUUCUACUAUUACUCCACAUGCACUAAGGGGGACAACUGUGUAUUCCGCCACGAGCCAUCGGCCCUUGGGUGUGAGACCAUGUGCACCGCCUGGCAGCAGGGCAAGUGCCUCGACAAACGCUGCAAACUACGCCACAUGGAGCUCAGGAAAAACCGCAAGCAGAUCCCCUGCUACUGGGAGAACCAGCCAGGUGGCUGCCGCAAGAAGCACUGCCCAUUUAUGCACAAGAACCCGGAUGCGCGUACCGACGGCAUUGCGCCCAGCCAGCCCGCACCUGCACAGCCAGCGGCGCCGGCCACCAGUCUAGCCGAGGCGGGCGUUGAACAGCCACCUCUUGGCGUGCCUGUAGUGGCGCCGCAGCCGCCGCAGCCGCAGCCAGUGCCUAUGCUCUGGCAGCAUCAGCAACAGCGCCAAGUGGUACUAGACUCAGCAAUCCUCGGCGUUCUGCCGUCAUCGGAGUUGCUGGGCGGCGGGCGACGCGUCCUAGCCGCCCAUCACGAAGCCCCGCCCAACGCGUACGUCAGCCCGAUGCCCGUCGACCCCCUCGUUGUCAACUUCGAGGAAGAGUCGGAUAACGAAAGCGCGCCAUCCUCCACGCCCACUAAAAACGUGUCGCCCGAUGACGAGCAGCGCAUUGCUCGUACCAAGUCGCAGGAGCUGUUCUUACUAGAACAAAUACAGGCCGAGGCAGCCGCCUUCUACAGCUACGAGGCUCUGCCGCCGGUCCUCGACCCACCAAAGGAGCGUAAAAUCGUCCGAACCAACCUCUCUUCAAAAUACGAUAGGUUAUCUCUCGACGAAAUCGCAGGUAAGCAGCAUCCUCCCCCCGAGCGACGGAAUUCGCUGGACUUCAAAAUCUUGUCUUUAGAAGAAAUCAGAGCUAGAAAGAAAGCCGAAACAGUUCACAGUCCUCCGAUAACGCUUAAUCUAAGUAGAAAACGAAAACCGUCCACACAAGAGACUAUUACCACUGCAGGGAAUAAAAUUAUUAAAGUAGUUCGAAGUAAUUCAGUAGUUUAUAAGAAGGUGGAUCGCACCACCCUGGCAGUGUCAAGUCAAGCGAAAAUAGAUCUAAAGCAAAGUGAUAGUAUGGAUAGUAGAAAACGAACACUGUCUGAACAGAGCGAUGUAUACGAAAUGCAGGAGGAUGAACUAGUCGACAAUUGUUAUGAAUUCAAAAGGAUUAAAAUUGCGGAGCACACAUCGAAGCCUAGGUUAAUUAGAAAUAGGCAUAUUAGCGUAGAAAAUUUUGUUGACAAUAAGAAUGCAAAUAAUAACAAAGACAACGAUUCAGAUGAAGAAGUACAAAUUAUAAGCGUAGUAAUACCGGAUAAAGAUAGUAAGAUAGAUUCUCUGUCAGAUACAGAGGUUAUUGAUGUAGAAAGUACAAAGAUAUGUGAACCAAUUGACAUAGUUGAUCUUAGUGAAGACAGCGAUGUAGCCGAGUCAGACCACGACCUAAAUUUGGGUAAGAACGUACCCGACGUGGUAGCUUCAUGUCAUAUGAAUAAAGUUGACAAUGCAGAAAAGGAUUUGUUAAAGGACAUUGAUUGUUUGUUAAAUGAAAAUAAGGAUAGUGAUGACAAUAUUUUAGAUAACGAAUUAUGAUUAACGUAUGUUGUA